CAACACAGGCCCUCCAUUAUUUAUAUCUCCCCCUCCUCCACUGCAAUCACACUGCAGGUUUUUCAGAGGAAAGGAGUGCUUCCAAAGCAAAAAAAAAACAUGAAUAAGGAUUUCUUACCCGAGGAGGCCGACAAUGACGCCCAAGAUGAAGAGGAAGAGGGUCUCGGUGGUGGUGAUCAUGGUUUUCCGGAAGAUGAAAAGAAGAAGAAAUCGUAUGGAAGGAGAGGAUCCGCAGGCGGGGGUGGGGUGUCGCCGCCUUCUUGUCAAGUCGAGAAAUGCGGACUCGAUUUAUCCGAUGCCAAGCGCUACCACCGGCGACAUAAAGUGUGUGAGAUUCAUGCCAAGGCGCCAUUUGUGAUCGUUGGUGGUGUCAGGCAACGCUUUUGUCAGCAAUGCAGCAGGUUCCAUGAGCUGCCAGAGUUUGAUGAAUCGAAGCGGAGCUGUCGGAGGCGAUUGGCCGGACAUAACGAAAGGCGCCGGAAGAGCUCGGGUGAGUCGUCGUCAUCGGCAGCGGAAGGUUCGAGUGGUCGUAGCGGGAUGAUGAUGAGUGCUCAGACGAAAGAGUCACAUUACUAUGGUGAUGAUCAAAGAGGCAGAGUUCCAAUGGGAUUCCAUGGAAGUUCAUCUCUUAAGCGUUCCCAGAUCAAAUAAAAGGGAGCUUAAUCAAUUAAGGACCAAAAACAAAA